AUGGCGAAGCGCAAUGCACAGCAAGACCUUCGUAACUUUUUUAAUAAGGUUGCCCGACCUAACGUUUCCGAAGAUGGCAGUGGCAGUCAGCAACAAGGUGCAAGGGGAGCUGGAGGUGACACUGCGAUGGUGGACCAGCAGGAGCAAGCAGGAACUUCAAAAGCUGGAGAGGAUGGCAGUGGCAGUCAGCAACAAGGUGCAAGGGGAGCUGGAGGUGACACUGCGAUGGUGGACCAGCAGGAGCAAGCAGGAACUUCAAAAGCUGGAGAGGCUGAUGACACAGACAAGUGCUCCUGGCCAGCCGUGUGGACUAAAAGUCAGGCGAGGGAAUUUAAAGACAGGCAUCCUUGGCUAGAAUGGAGGGACAGAAAGUUAGGUUGUACUCUUUGUAGCUCCAUUAAGUCAACUGGUGUCCACACUGAACAAGGAAUGUUCAUGUCGGAGGAGUGGGUACACUUUAAGAUUCAGUCCUCAGGUUCAAACAGAGAAACAUCUCUGACCUCAAUAAGGAACAAGAUUAAACGCCAUGAGACAUCAAAAGCACACAACAUAGCCCAGGAGCUUAAAGAGAAGAGUAAGGAUGAUACAGUGGGAAAUUUGGUGAGAGCUGGGUCAGAUAUUGUGCUGGCAGAGACAGAUGCUAUAUUCAGAACGGCAUACUACCUUGCGAAGAUGAACCGACCCUUUACUGACCAUGAGAGUCUCAUAGAGCUUCAGGGGAAAAAUGGUGCCAACAUGGGAAGUAAUCUACACUCACGAUACAGUUCCACAAAAAUAGUUGAACACAUUGCAAAAGAAAUGCAGAAAAAAAUUGUCAACAGUAUUGUGAAGUCAUCGAGCAAGUUGUCCGUUCUCAUUGAUGAAGCUACAUCUCUAAGCCACAAAGCUGCAAUGAUCAUCAACUUGAAAGCCUCAGUGGAUGGAACUACUCCUGAAUUUAUGUUCCUGGAGCUUGUUGAGCUGGAGAGCCAAAGGGCAGAACAUAUAGAGGAAGCUCUACUGAAAUGUCUUAAGACUGUAGGCUUCACUGAAGACUGGCUUCAAAAAAAUUGGGUUUCCUUUGUCUCUGAUGGAGCCAGUGUCAUGCUGGGCAAAAACUCUGGUGUUGCAACCAGGCUGACGGCAAGGUACCCAAACCUCUUUACAUGGCACUGCAUGAACCACCGCUUGGAACUGGCUGUAAAUGAUGUAGUGGAAGAAGUCCAUGCAGUGAACCACUUCAAAAUAUUCCUGGACAAAAUUUACUCUGUCUACAACCAAUCCACUAAAAACUCACGGGAGCUACUGGAAGCAGCCCAAGAAGUGGGCUCAGAAGUGUUAAAAAUUGGGAGAGUUUUAAAUACACGAUGGGUAGCCAGCAGUUUCCGCUCUGUAAAGGCUGUGUGGAGAUCUUAUGAAGCUCUCAAUAAACAUUUUGAAAAUGCUGCAGCUGAUCUCUCGAGAACAAGCAAAGAAAGACAAACGUACAGAGGCCUUGCUCGUCGAAUGCAAAGUAAGGAAUUCCUGACUGACCUCGGACUCAUGUACGAUGCACUUUCGGAACUCGCAAACCUGUCUCUGCAACUGCAGGCCCAUUCAAUCACGCUUUUGAGAGCACAGCAGCUCCUCAAACGUACAAUAAGAGUCCUGGCCUCUUUCAAAGAUUCUCCAGGAGAGAAGUUGGGGGAGGCACUGGCGGCCCAGGCUUCAGGACACUUUGGGUCAGUACCCUUGGAGUCCAAUUCGAAGAUGCAAGCAAUAAAUUCUAAACAAUUUCUCCAAAGCCUCAUAAACAACAUGGAGAAGCGCCUUUCUUUUGAUACUGAAAUCCUGAAUGACCUCAGUGUCCUGGAUAAAAGCACCUGGCCCUCCAGCCCUGGCAUACGCCAUGGUGAGGCCCAAGUGAAGCGGCUCUGCAGGAGGUUCAAGCUCGUUGAAGAGCAAGCUCUUAAUGGCCUCAGAGAUUUUCUUGAGGACCCUGAGAGAGAGCCUGAAAGCCUCAUGCCACUCAUGCACUGCAUGCAGACCAUCCCUUGCAGUAUUGCUGAAUGUGAACGGGGCUUCAGCCUCAUGAACAAUAAAUGUACAGACAAGAGAGCUACACUGUUGCUGUCGAACGUUAGCAACUUGAUGAUGAUCAGCAUCAAUGGGCCUCCUCUCACACUUUUUGAACCAAGGCAGUAUGUCACCACAUGGCUGUAUAGCCACCGCUCUGCUGCACAUCCAAGGAGACGAUGCACACCCCAAACACCAGAGUAUAAGAACAUCUGGAAAGCUCUUUAG